AUGUAUGAUAAAUCAAGACUCAGUCGGAAUGAACAAUACUCGUUGGCUUACACCACUAAACAAUCACCUUAUUUAGAAUCAGUCCAGGAAAAAACCAUAGCUUCAUGCCCAAUUGCUCGUCAGAUGGUGUCUCCGGUACAAGGAGCUUUUUUGAAGUUUCUUGUACAGAUGAGUAAAGCUACAAGAGUGCUGGAGAUUGGAACUCUCACUGGUUAUUCGGCGUUGUGCAUGGCCGAAGGUCUGAAAGAGCGAGGAUCAGAAGCAAAACUAGUUACGUUAGAAAAGGACGAAGAGAAUUUUAAGGCGGCAAAAGAGAACGUAGAAUCUUCAGGACUUGGACACCUGAUUGAGCUGAAACUUGGUGAUGCAAUGGAUACAAUUUCAAAUUUGGAUAAUUCGAUACAGUACGACCUGAUAUUUAUUGAUGCUGAUAAAAGAAAUUAUCUCAACUAUUAUAAUACUAUUCUCGAACGAAACCUUCUUUCUGAUGAUGGAAUUAUCGCCGUUGAUAAUGCGUUAUUUGGUGGGCAUGUAUCACGUGUGGCUGAAGGGAAAGACCUCAGUCAAGUUCCUCCCUCAGCUAAACACAUACAUUCAUUUAACGAAUACGUCGCCAAUGAUCAACGAACUUCACAAAUUCUUUUACCAUGCUUUGACGGAGUCUCGUUAAUUCGAAAAAACCUUUAA